AUGAAUAAUAAGCGCACAAGCUUCCACCUAAGAGAUAAGGUGAUUAAAGUGAGUGAAAACCAAAAAUCCUCCUCCGAAAAGGCCCACGUGCCGACACAGGCCCACGUGCCCACUCCAGAACAAUCUCAGGGUUCCACAAGCGAUCCUGAAACCACAGCUUUUAAUAAAAGCAAAAAAACCCUCCGCUCGCCACCAUCUACACGUGCUACAUCAGAAAGCGCAAUAAAUAUCACAUCCACCUCCGUCUCUACAUCCAACUCUCUCAUCUCGACUACCAGCAUCUUCAGCUCCAAUUUCUUCAGUUCAACACUUCAAAGAACUCCUGAAAAAGCCAUCCCUCUUUCAUUGGGAGUUACACCUAUCAUCGAACAAAUAAAAGCUCUCUCCGACAGUCAAACUCCUAUUUCGGCAUCUUCAACGGAUACAGUCUUCAGCUACGACGAACACCCCACCAUUCUUGAGCUCACCGGUGAUAACAACGCAUCUACCAUGGCUUUAGUACCGUUUUCAGACAUAUACAAAGAUAUUCCAAAAUGUACAGACAAUACUAUUUUUAUUCCCGAUUGUGUCAUUGCGCCGGUGAACUACAAGGCCAAAGUUCCGAUAAUUAAUACCAAUGGCCACGCAAUUGAUCUGCUCAAUAUAAGUCCCCCUUCGACAGAACCCUUAUCAAAUUAUGAAUCCUUUACCAUGGAUAGUCAGCUGGUAAAUCAUUCCUAUACUAGCGCCACCACGCAUGAUUCUGACAACAGUAUCGAUGAAGCUCCCAUAGUGACGCCAUCGCGUGAGAUGCUUGCAGCACUGGAGACCAUUGGAGAUGCAUUGGAACGUCAAAUAGACGUUCAGAGUCUGCCACAUGCCAAUGCAACCCUGAGACGUGAAUGGUUUCAUGUGGCCAGUAGUUUUGGUCAAGUUGUUAAGGCCUAUGAUCACAAAACCCAUCAACAUGUUGCCCUCAAAAUGGUACGAAAUGAAACGCGUUUUCAUAAACAGGCCCAAGAAGAAAUUCGGAUAUUGUAUCAUUUGAGAAAACAGGAUAAGGAUAAUACAAUGAAUAUUAUUCAUAUGUAUGACUAUUUUACAUUUCGUAAUCAUAUGUGCAUCACAUUUGAAUUACUCUAUAUCAAUCUGUAUGAAUUGAUUAAGAAGAAUAAGUUUCAGGGAUUUUCACUGCAACUUGUUAGAAAAUUUGCCCAUUCACUGCUUAUAUGCUUAGAUGCACUUCAUCGAAAUGGCAUUAUACAUUGUGACCUAAAACCAGAAAAUAUUCUACUGAAGCAACAAGGGAGAUCGGGCAUUAAGGUAAUUGACUUUGGAUCAUCGUGCUAUGAGGAACAGAGAGUUUAUACGUAUAUACAGAGUCGUUUCUAUCGGGCACCUGAGGUCAUAAUGGGUCUCAGGUAUACCUGUGCCAUUGAUAUGUGGUCCUUAGGCUGUAUCCUUGUUGAAUUGUACACAGGAAGUGCACUAUUUGCCGGUGAAGAUGAAUUUGAUCAAUUGAGCUGUAUUAUUGAAAUGCUCGGAAUGCCACCGGAAAAGAUGUGGGAACAAUCCAAAAAACGCUCAACUUACGUUAGUUCCAAGGGAUACCCAAGAUAUUGUCGAUUAGCAACAAAUCCCGAUGGUACAACAAAAAUGAUUCCUGGAAAGACGCGACGGGGAAAAUUUCGAUGCUUGCCGGAAUCUCGAAGUUUGAAAUCAGCCCUAAAAGGAUGCGAAGAUCCAUUGUUUAUUAAUUUUAUCCGUGGAUGCCUGGAGUACGAUCCAGCUCUGCGAAUGACACCAGCAGCUGCUCUACGGCACAGUUGGUUCAGACGACGUCUACCACGGCCACCGGAUACUGAUUCCAGUGGUGUUAGCAGUGCAUCGACACUUGUAUCCGUUGCCGAAGGUCAUCUGCAGCACUCCCAUGCGCACGAUGGUGGUGCAGCCAGAGUUAGUGUAUAUAAAAAAGUGACAACGGCUAAGCAAUCACCUCCAUCGCAGCGACCUCUCCCUCCCACAACGCCUCAGACCGAGCAAGAAGGAACAAUUUAAAAUGACGCUUCCACCAACACAUCUAUUUAAAUGAAAAAGAAAAAUUAAAUAAAUAAAUAAACAUAAAUCAUCACAUGGACUGAGCAGUAUGUUAUAGAAGAUACCAACUUUAGCAUUUUAUCAAGUGGCACAAAAGCGUUCUUGUGCUCAAAAAAAAAAAACUCAGAUCUCAAUAUUUGUGUGUUAAUUUAGGAACAGAGAGAGAGAGAGAGAGAGAAAGAGAAUUGAAAGAAAAUGACUUGAGAACAGUUCAAUUGAUUGUAGAAAAAAAAGAAAAGAAUUGUGAAAAACUCUUCAAUUGUUCAAAUUUUCAGUGUUUUUUUUUUUUUUAAAUGUUGAUUUUCUUCUGAAAAAUCAUUUUAUAGUCAAAAGUAACAUUGCAAGUGCGCAAUUGUUCUUUUUUUGAAUUAGUGUUUCUUUAUUUUAUUUUUUUUUAGUUGAAAGAUACUCAAGCGCCACGAAAUAUUGCAAGAAAUUGAGAGAGAGAGAGAGGGAGAGAGAGAGAGAGGGAUUUGUGGUAGUGUUUCCGCUGCAAGCGAAACUGCUAGAAUUUUGUGAAAUAUGGUGGUUCAACGGACAGUUAAUUUGGGGAAAAUCUCUCUCAAUAUUUUUGUUCUGUGUUCUUUGUAUCAAUUCUACCUUUAUUUUUAAUUUUUUGUAAAGAAGUUAAUUACAAAACAAAUUUAAAAAAAAACUCAUUGAAGAAGAACGUAAAGAGAGAAAUGGUAGAGAAUUAUGGAGGAAAAGAGGAAUAAAAGGACUCUGAUUAAAGAAUAAAUGUAUAAAUGAAGCUUAUGUGUGAUUUACACUUGAAAAUCGAAAGGUGUGUAUAAGAAAAAAUAGAAAUGAAAGAAAAAAAAGAGAAAAAAAACAAUUAGAAUGGAAGCAUAGAAGAAAUAAAAAUUAUUAAAAAAAAAGAAAAAUGGAUGAAAAUCAAAGAAAAAAAAAAGAGGUAACAAAAUAAAACGAAAGAGAUGUAGUUGUAAAUCUGAGAACUGAAUUGUUAUUGUUCGAUUUAGUAGAUUUUUUUAAAAAACAAAAACAAAUUUAAAAAAAAAAAUAAUAAAAAAGGCAAAGAAAUGGAAAAAAUAUAUAAACAAACAAGCAAAAUAAAAAGAAAACAACUGAAAUGGACGUAGGAAAUUAAAAAAAAAAAACAACAAUUAGUAGAAAAAUGUGAAGAAAAAUAA